GUGGUAAAUAAAAAUUACAGAGAGAGAGAGAGAGAGCCAGAGCUUUAAUGGAAUGACUGUGCAAUUUCCUUUUUCCUUUGUUUGGAGGAUGGGGGCUUUUAUGAGUUGUUGAUGUUGAAAAGGAGUUGUUAUUUCGUUUUCCCUGUGACCCAUUUAUCUUUCCAUCCCUUCCAGACAGGUGGUGGUGCCGGCGGUGGCGGUAGUUUGAGUUAUUUAGAUUGGAAGGAGAUAAGAAUGGAGGACUUCAGAUUUGUGCAUCCGAUCUGAUAAUAAUUUUCUCCGAUUGCUGCGUUUUGAAGGUUGAUCCGUAUCUGAAGUAAAGGGUAAGCUUGGUUGGAAUCAACUGAGAUGUCGUUCAAGGGCAUAGUUCGUGAGUUAAAGGAGAUAAAAGAUGGAACAGGAAGUACCUCAAAAAAAGGGGUUGAGGGGAAGCGUUGGCUCAGCAGGAACAGGUCCCAUAUAGCCCCUGAUGUGGCCCUGUUUAAGCCAAUUCAGCAAGGGAAUUGGGCAAAUUUACCACCAGAAUUGCUUUUGGACAUAAUCCGGAGGGUUGAAGAGAGUGAGAGUUCUUGGCCUGCUAGGACAGUAGUUGUCUUUUGUGCAUCAGUUUGUAAGUCGUGGAGGGAUGUUACUAAGGAAAUUGUCAAGACUCCAGAGGAAUGUGGGAGGCUCACUUUCCCCAUAUCAUUGAAGCAGCCGGGGCCCCGAGACGAACCAAUUCAAUGCUUUAUUAAGCGGGAUAGAUCAACUUCCACAUACCGCUUGUACUUUGGUCUGACCCCAUCUGAGGAGAGUGAUAAACUAUUAUUGGCAGCCAAAAAGAUUAGAAGGGCAACGAGCACGGACUUUGUGGUAUCUUUAGUUGCAGAUGAUUUUUCUCGAGCCAGCAAUACAUAUGUUGGAAGACUAAGGUCUAACUUUCUGGGGACAAAGUUCACCAUAUAUGACUGUGAACCUCCGAAUGAUGCUGCAGUGCACCAUAAUAGUCGGUCGAGUCGAAGGUUCAACACGAGGCAAGUAUCUCCAAGAUUACCUGCUUAUAACUACAGUGUAGCCACUAUUUCCUACGAACUCAAUGUUCUCCGCACAAGAGGUCCUAGGAGAAUGAAUUGUGUCAUGAGUUCAAUUCCGGUCUCUUCAAUUCAGGAGGGAGGCACUGCCCCGACACCAACAUCAUUUCCACAAUGUUAUGAUGACAAAUCGUCUUCCCUACGGAUUUCAGAAGGAAAGGACUUGGCCUUAAAUUUCAGCUCCCGAAAACUUUCAAGUUCAUCAUUAACGCCACCACUUUCUGGAGAGCCACUAGUUCUAAAAAACAAAGCUCCUAGAUGGCAUGAACAAUUGCAGUGCUGGUGCCUGAAUUUCAAGGGCCGUGUUACAGUAGCUUCUGUUAAAAAUUUCCAGCUUGUGGCUAAUGUUUAUCCAUCUCUCAACAUAUCAGCUGCAGAACAAGAAAAGGUAAUUUUACAGUUUGGAAAGAUCGGAAAAGACAUUUUCACCAUGGAUUAUCGCUACCCUCUCACUGCCUUUCAAGCCUUUUCAAUCUGCUUGAGCAGCUUCGACUCAAAACCAGCAUGUGAAUAAUCUUCACAUGCGUCACAUAGAUUAUGCUCGUCUUUCAUUUAAUCUCUUCUAUAGCGGCUAAAUCUGAUUCCUCGCUGUACAUAAAGUUAACAUUCGACAUUGUAUUGUAUCUGGGAACCUAUGCGGGUGCCAGUUUAUCUAUUUGCAGCUCACAUAAAAACGUGCUUUGGAAGUUCCAGCCGUUAAUUUACUGUAUUUUGGAAGACCUUGAUGUUAAUCAACAUGUCAGUUUCCAUAUACAAUAUCGUAAAAGCAGUUGUAUAUCA